GAAAAAACAGCGCCGCAUCCCCGCAUCCGCAUCCCAGACGCCCCGCGCACGCCUCCGCCACGCAGUGCCAGAGCCGACCGGCCGCGAACGAGUCCUCCUACCAGGAGCGAGUUGGGAUUUCAAGUGAAAGAACGUAUUUAAGACACCACGUACAGCCCUCUCCCUCUUCCAGCACCUCUGCCUCUCCAGGAUGAAGAUUGAGACUGGCCUGUCACGUUCCCCUGCCCCAGAAGUCGACCCCCAGACUGAGCUGGAGUUCGCGGUGGCAACGGAGGAGGAUUUUGAAGAGAUCAUGGCCAUGAGCCAAGACAUCUACGGAGGGCUGGACUACCUGCCAACACGCUACAAGGCCUGGUUGCAGGAGUCCAACCGCACCGUCAUCUUGGCACGGAAGCAAGGCAAAGUGAUUGCCCUGGAGUCAGUCUGCGUGAUUGAUGAUGGGGAGACCGUGCUGGUGGAGGGGCUGCGUGUUGCCCCCUCAGAGCGGGGCAAAGGUGUGGCCGGGGUGCUGCUCAAGUUCUGCUCACAGCUGAUGAAGGCCAAAUACCCUGAAGUGAAGGUCACCCGCCUCACCCGGGACGACAGGCUGGGACCCAAAGACUUUCAGAAGUACCGACUCAUCACCAAGCAGGGGAUCCUCCUCGUCCGCUUCCGAGCUGAGGACCUCAAGCUGUGUCUGCAGGAGCUGGGGCUGGAGGCGCUGACCCCCGAAGCCACCCCCGACACCCCCCAGCCGGCGGCCCCCGUGCGCCUGGACCCCCUGGCGGCCCGGCACCUCUUCCUGAGCGCCGGGCUGGCGCGGGAUGUCUUGCCCAAUGCCACCAUCGUCCAGGACUGGCAGCCCUUCAAGCCCCUGGCCAGCAACAUGACCAUCCUGCUGAAGAAGGACAUCGACUGGAUGGUGGACGACGCGGAGUCGCCCAGCGUUGCCAGCCUGUGUACCUUCCCCUUCCGCGUGCCCAUCGGCGAGGACUGGUACUACCUCAACAUCGACGUUUUUGGGAAGGACCUGGAGCCCGUGCGGCGCCAGUUCCUUGCCCACCUGCGGCGCCACACGGAGAGCCUCCAGGGCCAUGUCAUGUGCCAGCUCUUCCUCGACCCGCCGCUGUGGCAGCCCCUGGCCGACUUCUGCCGCAACACGCUGAGAGUGGAGCUGGUGAAGGGGUACACCGAGCAGUGUGUGGUGGAGUCCGACCUCGCCUGAGAUGCCCAUUCAGUGCCCCUAACCCCCCAACCUUCCCCCCACCACCCCGGAAAACACAGAAAGAGGAGGAAAAACAGUACAGCACGAUUCCCACUCUGUGAAGAAACGAAAAGCAGAAUGCAAAAGAAACACUGCAAACAAACAAAAAAAGCAACAGCAAUUAAUAACAGCAGCGAAGAUGAAACAAUCAUCACAGAUAUUCCAAGCUCACCUUCCGCCCCUGUUCUCCACCUCAGGAGAUUAAAAAUGAAAGGGGGGUCAGGGAAAAAAAACAAGCAAAGGAACACUGGAUAACAAUGGUAAAGGAAAAAACGUAAUCAAAAAUGAAAGAAGAAAAUUGUUCCCACAAGCUAAACUUCCAGUGUGCUGAGAUACUAACAAAUUUGAGCACAAAACCCAUGCUGAACGUAUAUUGCAUUGCUAAUAUCUUAUGAUGGAUCUGCACAUGUACGCAUAUUUAUUACGUAUUUAUCCGAUUCAGUGUUUAAACCCUUGAAAAACAAGGGACCUGGGCACCAGACCCAUGGUAUUUCAGACUGGCAGCAAACACUUUUCUGUUUCUUCCGAAGAAGUUAUCAUCUGCAGAGCCCCAGCAUGGUCAUUCUGGAAGCCAUAUCGUGGUGGUGGUGGUAGCACUAGCCUGUGAUCUGGACCUGGAGUGAAGGAGGUUUUGCCCAACAUAGAAAAAAUACACUUAAGAGAACAGGCACCAAUGGUUACAGCCCAUUGUGUGUCACAUAAAACCCAGCAAUGUUUUCAAGCAAACGGAAACUGUUUUUCUGCAGAGCACAUGUCCAAAAUCCCUGAAAGGUUUGCCAGGAGAUGAUAAGGUAUUUGUGUCUGCCCAGAUAAAAAAUGACGUUAACUCUUCAUUCCAAGAAUCGUUCUGAGGUUGUACAGUACAGUAUUAACAGUAAUAAUUAAUGCAUCAACCCCAUUUCCUCUCGUUCUCCAUCGAGCAAAGCAAUCGACUACGCGGGGGCUUUGUGGUGUCGGUCUCACAGAGGGUCACAAAGACAGUUAUAUUGGCAUGAGAAAUUUGACUAAUUCCUAGUCUCUUAAUUUUAUUUGAAAUUGUUUGCUGUGGUUAGCUGCUAUUUCACCCAGGAAGGAUAAUACUAGAGUAAAAUACUGGAACAGUAGCUUGUUCCCUUCAGUACAAAAACUUUUAAGUAUUCAGGUUUUAUGUAUGAUGUCAUGUGAGUGCAAUUUAGCCUGAUUUAGAUGCUAAAAUCUUAUCCUGGCACUCACACAGACAUUUAUUUUACUGUGAUUUACAGUUUUGCAUUCAAUUCCUAAUUAGAGACUCAAAAUUUGAAACAAAUUCAUUUACUUUUAUGAAAACCCCUUUCAUGUAGCACUACAGAGUUUGUCUUAUUUAUAUAUGAGUGAACCAUGCUCUAAAGAAGAAUUAUAUUUAUAUAUGGAAUAUAUAAGUGGCAUUUUUUAGAUGUGGAAAGAAAAUGGCGGUGCCCUACGCUGGAAUAUUGUAGAUAUAUUAUCUUCUCGUAAUUUAUUUAUUAUUUAGAAUUAAAUAGUACUUGCUAUUGUCCCCAAUAUUUCAAUUUUUUAAAACUUAUUUAUGUGGCAUUCCAAUGUGAAGAGAUUCAGUUUGCUUUUCCUGGGGGGGAUCAGCAAACAGCAUUUUAAACCAACAGCCGCAAGCUAAAUUCUAAACCAUUCGUUAAUAGGUAUUAAAAAGAUGACAUAGUAACGGAUAUUUGCAGUCAGGAUGACAACAAUCUAAACCCUGAAAUAGUCCCUGUUUAAAAACUGUUUCUGGGGUGUAUAGGCCCAUAAAACUAGACAGGGAGACUCGCUGCCAGAAAUAACAGGACGCUGUCACAUGUUGACCAUCUGGCAGACUGGCAUGGCAUCAGAAAUUGGUACACUACUGUUCUGACUUGUACAUUGAAAAUAUGUUAAUUUCAAUGCACAGAAGACCAUUUUGCUGCUGUUAAAAAAAAACUCACCUUGCGAGAUACUUUUCAAACACCCCUAUCAAGCCUGCUCGGCACAUAUCAAGUUCUGACAGGCAAAUAGGCAAGUCUCAUUUCCAGCAGAAAGAAUAAAUAAAUGAUCAGGAGACAGCGGAACAGCAGCAGGACACAGGGACCACAGAUGAGGUCAGAGUUUCUGAUGCAUGGCAGGGAAACGAAUAGACAUCACGUCAGAGCACCCAUAGGGAUGCGUGUUACACAGGAAGAAGACAAACAUACGAGCAGUGAAAGGCAUUGCGGACAUGCAAUACUGUACAGAAAAGUCAAUGUACAUCCCAGUACAUGAUUUUGUGCAAAUUUGCCUUUUUUCGUGUGUGUGUGUACAAAGCUAAAUUUCGUCACCGCGUGAUGGUAAUGCAAAUAAUGAGGAAAAAUUAAUACUUUUUUAAUUUUGAUACUCAUGAGGUCAAUUCUCAUAUAGAGAUGGAAGACAAGAUGCUAUGAUAUUCUUCUAACCUUAGUUUAGUACUCGUGAUUGGCAUACUUCUAAGCCAGAUUAGUUUUUUUUUAAAUCUUCAAAAAGCAAAGGAAGAAUCCGAUGUUUUAAUUUCCUAACAGUGAGCACUCUCCUACCAGUAUUACUUAACCAAACAGCUAGAUUGUCUCACGCUUUGGACAGGUGUUACUUUGAAAAAGGUAUCAGUGGAGGUCCGCACUUUAGGGAAGCUUGGUUUCCUGACAGGAAGGGAACAUUUAAAACGUUGAACCUGGAGGAAAGUGACGGAGCAGGAGGGGGGAUUCCUUAAUGGUGAACCAUACCGCAACGAGCAAAUUCCUCUCCCUCGAUUUGAAAAAUUCGUCAGCCUCCAUAUUAACACAUAAAAACACAUCCACUCCCUCAGUCAAUGCGCCUACAGAAAAAAACUCUGUUCGCACUGUGAACGGGAAGAAAGGGAGAGACAACCACAGCCAGUGUGAACAGGAAAAGGAAAACUCAGCAUUUACUUUGGGAUUUUUUUGUUUCAAAAGGACUAAUAUGUAGCUUUUUUUUUUAAUUUGACACAUGUGUUUUUGUCAAGAUUGAAUGGAUAUGAACGAAGUUUUUGCCUACACCUCUCCCCCAGUGAAAGUCAAAGGAAGGAUAUCGAGAACUGCAAUCUCAAAGUUUCUCCCUUUUCUGUAUUUGCAAAGACUGGUGACAUCUAAAAACUGGGAAAACAAUAUAAAUUUAUGCAUAUAUUUUGGAAAUUACUGGAAGAGAAGAAACUUGUAAAAUGUCCAAAUCUAUAAUCUCCUUUGGCAAUGUUUGACUUUAAGACAAUUCACAGCACAUUUCCAAUGACUGAAAGAGUGAAUCACAAGAUUUCAGAUUCUACACCAUCUGUUCAUAAUAUCCAGUAACACAAAGAAUUACUUAACACAAAGACUGACUUACUACAGUAAACUGGCAACCAACGCUUUUGAAAAAACCUUACUGUACAUAUUAAAUUGGUGUUUUUCUCCACCUCACAAGAGAAGUUCUUAAAGUUAUGCACUCAUCUGAGGAAAUAUGUCCACUUGGUUUAUCGUCACUAAUGAUCCAGACACACGGACAACCAUUUCAGAUCAGCUAAGAGCUUGAUCCAGAGAAGAGCUUGGAGAGCAUGGUUUCAUUCCAUAUUCUGGACAGAGUGACCUAGUCCUGCUGCUGCUGAUGGCUAGGAAGAAGACUACUACUCUGAGAAUGCACUUUAACCCUUCUGCAAAACCCCACCCAUUUGAAAUCCCAAACCCAAUCCACCCCAUCCCCCUUCCAAUCCAGGACCUCAAGGGAGAGGGGAAAUUUCAUUUCGGUCAACCUAUUGUCAAAGUUGCAAGUGCGCUCCAGUUACAGCCUAGUCUCUUACUGGCAUCUUGAGCAAGUUGCUGAAACCACAAAGGGAUCUCUGAAGAACAACAAGAUCUGAACCCCCUGCUGUCUGACAUUUUACCAACAGAGAGGAACGCAAAAUCCAUCACUCCAAAGCAAGCAAUUAAUGUGAGUGAAGACAAGUUUUAUCAGAUGACACACAGACAAGGGCUUUGAUGCAGAAGCUUACCUGGGCUUUUGCUCUGUGGCAGUAACUGCUGUAGAUGAGUUUCCUCUAGGGCAUAAAAGUAACAGGUCAUGGGGCUCUGCACUGUGGGUUAACACUUGCAUUGGGUUGCUAAACUGCUGACAAGGAUCCAGAUACAAUGGGUGAAUUGUUUAGUUGGUUGUGCUCUUCAGUGGGUGGUCUUCAAGGAUCCCAGACUGUGCCCUGCAUUUCACCGCUGCACUGCCCUGCCGAUCAGCUCCUGUAUUGCAGCAGUGCAACCUGGGAUUCGGACACAAGUCCCCUGGCACAGCCUUAGCUGGUUUCUACAUCACAGCCCAGUGUUUGUGGAUGUGUCCCAGAAAUCUGAUAUAGGAUUUGAGGCCACAAGUUGGUCACAGUGAGUUUGGCAUCCUGAGCUGCAUGGUUUGCAUUUCAGAAGGUAAAUUGGAAGUGACAACAUAACAAAAGAGGUCAUUUGCAUUGUGUUUAAAUUAUAAUUGCUAGAUAUCCAGCACCCCCCCGUAUUUUCUGUUAUGGGAUAUUAUACUAUGCUGGGCUGGGCCUCUCCCACCCUAGGCCUUUGUGAUCCCAUGCAAAUGUGGCCAACAGCUGCUGCCCCCCAAAGGUGGGCAGUGGAACUGCAUCUUUACUCUCCAAUGGACAAGUUCAUAUUUUAGACUUUUAAAUCAACAGUGCUGGAAUCCGUAACCCUCACCCUGAAUAUUUUGGAAGAGGUACUACACAGCAGUUUCCCUGUCCUAUUUCUGAUCUUUGAUCUGCUCUUCUGGGCUUGCUACAAGCUCUGGGAGAAUGGAAGGGCAUUAUGAUCAAAGCCACCAUCUCAUCCUGACCAACACCAAACCCAGUGCCAAAUGUCACAACUCAACAAAUGAGUAUUGGAACCAAUACUUUGUUGCACUUUAAUGCCUCUUAGUAUAUAUCAAAAUCUGGAUGAGCACUGUAAAUGCUGUGAGAUAUUCAUACAAUAGAUUAAUUGAUACCCAGAUUGCACAGCCCUACUAAAUAGGAAUAAACUGAAGGGCAUUUAGAUAAGACAGGCAAACUGACAGAGAGAAAGGCAGAGAUGUCCUCACACUGCCUGUGACGUCCUGCACAGGCAUAUAUUAGCCCUGUUCAGAAAGGUCUUCAUUCAUUAUUUAGCUUUUAGGUUUUCCAAGGCAACUUCUUUCUAUUCAAAGUUUGAAUUUUGUGUAUCUCAAAACUAAAGAAUAAGACAGGGCUUACAAGCAGUGUUUUCAUCAAAAAAGCUCCUUCUCUCCCAUUCCCUCUGUCUUUGCUGACCUUUGCUAGAGACGCUCUGAUCGUUUUAGACUACGACCCCAGUAACACACACUGCACUGAGGGCACUAACAGAAACCCUUCAGCACACCAGGAAACUACAAACCUAUAUUUUUAAACAUUUUUCAUAUGUGCAGUGUGUGUACAUGGAUAUCCUUCAUAUACAUGUGCUGGGACUGCUAUCAAUAAUCUCCUUUUGUGUUUUUAUUUUUCUAUUUAAUUGCAUUUUGAGGGCACUAUGAAACCAUAUGACCGAAUGUUGAAGCAAUCUAAUGGCGUCAUGCCUUCUGGUUGUGCCGCUGUAAGACUUGAAAGGUGAUUUUCUGCAUUUACCAUACAUUUCCUCUGUGAUGUACACUAUUUACCUGGCUGUCACUGGUCUUCAAAGGUUUUACCAUUACUUCCCAUGUUUGACUGCACUAUGAUGUAGUAAUAAUGUAGUCCUAGUUUCCUAGUAGUAGCUUGUAAUGCUGGUAUAGUUAAUUAUUGGAUGUUUAACAUGGAAAAGUGUGGUAUUUGCUUGGUCUAGUGCGGUCAAGUACAAUGGAAACAUGGUAAUAUCAUAUUAAAGGGCAGUAAAGGCUAGGUAGACUAGUUUGACAUGAAAUAAUGGGUCCCUGUGUGAACUUACCGUGCCCUUUUAUUCACCAGAGUAUUUGAGUAUCUCUGCAGCACUUUAUAAAACUGUGGGAGGAUUGUUAGACAAGUGAAGCCUUUUCCCACUUUUGCCAGAGGUGCAGCUGGGGAUAGAGUCUGUAGGGAGUCACAGCUAGAAACAGGAAACUGCAAAGAGGUCAUACUGCACUGUUUUGGCAUAGGUAAAGGUGGAAUGAGUUCUGGAUAUUUUGGGAAGGAACAACAAAAUGAAUUACUUGGUGACCUUCACUUGGUGACCUUCACAAUUACAGUUAUGUAUCUCCUAUUCUGCAGAGCCGCAUGGCUGCGACUUUGCAGGUACAGUAGACCUGCCUACUGAAUUUAACUCCCCCAUGGCAUUCACAUGCUGGGAUUGUCAGAACUGUUAACACUGAAAUCCUAAAAAUUCUCAUUCCCCUUUUUUUUUGUUGGGUUCUGUUCUACAUUAUAUAUAGAAUUUCUUUCUGUUUUAGUAACUUGGUUUGUUUCUGAUUUUCUCUGGCAAAAUAAUUCCUGAUCAUUUCAACCCCCCCUCUCAUCUAUAUUUUCUCCAUACAACAUCUUUCAAAUCUCAGUCCAAUCGCCCAUUUCUGAUAGAGCUGCUUUCAAGCAACCUAUUCAAUCUAUUCAAACAAAAAAAUGGAAAACUGACUACUAUAAAGGGAGUCUGUUUCCAGUCGAAUUGUUUCCGUUACCACAGGCUUGCUUUCCCUGAAAUCAGGCUAUCUGCAACCCACCCACCGUUUAGAAGAAGGAUGGAUCUUUUUUCAUUUCUUCUGAUUAGAGAUGUGAGGUGGAGGAGCAGGUGGUGAGCAGGGAGAGAUCAGAAAAUGUUAAAUUGGACAUUUGCCAUUGGUCACAGCCUGGGAUUUAAACCGUGGCAUUGUAGCUUUCCCUGUUGGGAACUGCUGUAUUUUGAAUACAAGCAAUUGGAAAAGUUAAUGUAAAAGCUGUUGGUGAAAGGAAAUAUUUACUUCCUUCCCUGUUCUGACUAGAACUAACCAGAUAGGUUUAUUAUGUCACGGUUGCCUCCUGAGUGAUACAUACUCUAUUUCUGUUACUUUUGCUCACAGCUGUUACAUACCUGUGCAAUUGUGAAUUGAAGUCAGUGACGAAGCUGAGAUCUACACAUCAUUUUACAAGGACAAUCACCCAACUAACAGCAGGGAAGAAAUACAGUGGAAAAUGAUCAUAGUCACAUGGUCAGUGCCACAAAGGCUGGGUUAUUAGACAUGCCAUAGUCAAGGUUAUUUUAAAAGGCAGCUCAACAGCACCUCCUGUGGCCUGCUAUGCACCUGCAGGCUUGCAGUGACAUCACUGAGAGCAGUUAAGCUCCUCCAAUUGGUGUGAACAGCCUAUCAAUAUGACCACUCUUCAAGAACAAUAAAGUGAAAUAGUCACUGUGCAACUAGAGACAAAUGACUGAAAAGGAAGCUGUAACUUUUAUCCAAAUCUUGAAAAAAGACCAAAUAGGCAGCUACAUAACCAGAGAAAAGGAAGCAAGGUUCUUCCAUGAUUAUUUGGUCCAAGGUGCAUUUUUCUGACAGCCAGUUUUUAAAUACAUUUGAGAAGAAUCAUGUGGCAAGAGCAUUAGAGAAGCAAAAGAAAAAUAAAUCAUAUUUUCUUUAUGGUCCAAGUUUGUAGCUGCAUAAGCAUGAGUAGACUGCAAAGUAACAAGUAAAGGUUUAUUCCAUGCUUAAAAAAGAAGAAAAAAUAGGGUGUGAACACAUUACCUUUAUUUUUACUCAGACCGAGGUUUAGGAUUUUUAACUGGAUAUUAUGCAGACAUAAAAGGGGAGCAAAUAUAAAAGGCUGGAAUGUCAUCCUGACAAACAGCUGUAGUGCAAUUUAUGAUUGGAGCAAUGGUAUGGAUUUAACUGGGGAGAUUCUGAAUAGGUUGUACAUGUAAACUGAGAUUCUCUGUCGGGGGUAAGAGGGGAGUGAGUUUUCCACUUUCGCUCCUAGUAAUGGAAACAAAGGCAAAGGGUCAGCACAGGGAGACCUGUUACCUGAGAGGCAGUGUAAGUCUGCCUCAAUUCAAUUACCAAUUCAUUCAGGAGGACAGCACCUGGGGGACACAGGAAAGAGGAUCUAUUGGUAACGGCUCCUUAUUUUCCAAUGUUCCUCCUACAUAAUCAGCCCCAACAGCUGGCUUAGGAAAGCACCUCACAAAAGUAUGUGAACCAAAAAUGGAAAAAGGAGUAUAUUCCUUUCAUUCUGGUUUACCACUUUACAGUCAGCAUUUACAACAAAAACCCCAGACUAGGACAGAUAUGACAAUUCCAGCAACAGAACAUAGAUCUUUCUUGCUUCAAAUUAUUGUCUCAUAUCGAAGGGUGAUUUAGCUAAUGAAUUGCAACUUACUGUUGAACAACAAAUGAAAAGAGUCUUAUUUUUCUAGAAUUUCGGAAAGCAAAAUACGUACCCUCUAAUUGUUUAAAAACUAGUACAGAAAUUGAAAUCCCAGUGUCUGGGGAUUUUUCUUUCCCCAGCAGAAAAGAAAAAUAAUUGUUUAAUAACACAAUGUCACAUUUUAGAUUUAAAUCUUUUUUUUUGUUCUCCUUCCCUGUCAUUCUAUUAUUUUUGCCGCCAUGUUCUCUGAUCAAUACAAAUGUUUUUAUAUAAUAUAUAUUUUUCUAACUGGUUCACAUCUGUGAAAAUGAAUAGAAGAAAAGAAAGAAGAGUACAAAAAACAGCAAGGUGGACCACUGUCCUCUUCAGUAUGAAGGGUGGCAAGGAUCUGAGCUGUCACUAUACUGUCUGCAACGCAGAGGGAAAUCUCAUUUCAUUUCAUUAGGGAUAGAUGGCGAGACUUUGAAUUGGAGUAUGCAAGAGGUGUGCACCCAAGUUCUACACAUUCCUAAACCAUCUCAGUAUUGCAGAGGGUACGCUAGCCUUCUCUUCCCUCUGUCACUGUCGCCAGCCACAUGCUGACCAAUCACAGAACCACACACGUGUGCACAGCAUAUUUAUAAGUAAUCUCAAUCUGUAGGCCCAUGCAGUAACGCAAAAGCCAGACUGCAAAAUCUUUUUUUCUGGCUUCCACGUAGCAGCUGGCAUAUCUCUGAACGUUUGAGGAGAAAAACAAAAAUUUGUUCUCGAAAUUUAAGAGCAGGCGCAGUGAAGAUAACCGUGUGGCAGCGGACUGAAUAAUGCACUGAUCCAGCGAAACAAUCUGAGCUCAGAACAUUUGCUUUUUUUCCUCUUCUUCUGCUUUCCUCUUUUCAUUGGUCUUAUUGCAUAAUGCAAAACACUGUUUGAACUGUAAGCAAUGAACUUGAAUAUUAAUGGAGGGGUGGGGGGGAGGGGGUAUGUGUUGUUUGCACACUGAGAGAGACUUGUUGGGUGUUCUUCUUAGAGUCGCAAGUAGAGAUCCAACAGUAGUUUUCUUUGGGGCAUACAAUACAUAGUGCAGCUGGUCUGUGUAGGCCUCUCAUACAGUUACAUAAAUCAAUGCGUUUAGAGAGAGGCUUGAUGCCACACAGACUUGCACUUUACAAAAUGUUAGGUAAAGACAUUUUACAUCACGUGCUGAAGUCACACCCAUAGUCGAAAAUCCAUCCACAUAGCUCUCCGCUGUAUGGCUGUGUGCCAUUAUGACAUUUUAGAGCAUGACCCCAGAGAAAGGUGUUCUGGAGUCAUGUGCAGAGGUACUACAUAGAGAACACCCAACAGAGGGCACUGUUAUUUCAGUCUUGGGAGCCUGUGGCCAUUCCUGGUUUUUGGAUGUAAGACACACCGAAUCAUCUUUAUUUUAAAACAUUCACCCCUUUGCACUGCAGUUGAAAUAGUGCAGUACUCUUAUAAAUACAAAUGACCACAUGCACUGCCCACAGUUGGUAUUUAACCCCACUGUGGAAUGCAUGCAUUUUCUCAAAUCAAAUCAAAGUUUAUUUAUCAAAUGCACAACAAUACAGCGUGCAGCAGUAGUUGCUGGCAAUGAACUGUCUUUAUUAUGACCAGCCUUGCACUAAGUGUACUUCAGGAAGUUUCUGAGAAAAUUCUGCAAACUCAAAAAAAGCAAAAAUCCAGGUCUCAGUAAAUCCCCUCACUUGUUCUUGCGCACAAGGUCUGAGAAUGGGAAAGCCAAAGGCAAUGCUUUCAUUAAUCCGGCAGGUUUAUAAUCCUGCAUGAUGAUUUGAACUCCAGACGAGAUUAUCUGAAAAAAUAACAUUUUAAAACAACAAAAUCUAGUAACAACAGAGUGGAUUUGCCGUGAAAGGACAUUCCUCUUGCUAGCCGGUCUGUCAGCUGUCUGUUUUUUGAAAGCAAAUCCUGCUCUUAAUUACUGAGCUCACCUGUCCUCACCCUCUCACUCACGAUAGUUCAUUCAAAUCAAGACAGUUGCCAGAUGUUAAAAUACCCUUCACCUCUUUAUUUCUGAAAUCAAUACGUCUAUAUCCAGUCUUCAAUUUUCUCAUUUGCCCCACCUAGUGGCCAAAAAGUAUGGCACAUUGGAUAAUAUAAAUACCGUCAUUGUAGAGGUCUUUCAAAAGUCAUUUGAAGGGCUGCGGCUUUCAUGUCACAUUUAUUGCUCUCAUAGCAAAACAUGUAGAGGAGGUAAAAUUGUUUAAUCCAAAAGUUCUAUGUUUGAAGGCAGACACCAUUACUCCUCCAUUAAACUAAUUUUGUGAGGAAAAUCGGAGAGCACAGAAAACACACCCCCGCCAGCACAAAAGGAAGGACAAAACCCAUUCUGAAAAAAAGGGGGAUAUGUAUAAUUGUUCAUAUUCUAAGAAUGAGUGGUAUAUAACAUUAACAGUGGUUAAAAGUACGAGACAUUCCAUAUACUGACUUAGUUUAUUAUAAAUCGAUCACAAAUUUUCAAGAAAUGCUAUCAUGACUCGCGUUCAACUAGUCUCCAUGUAGUUCUCCCCUUAAGAUAAUGAAAUAGUGGAACAGUCCAUUGUCUAUUUGGCGGGCAGGGUACCAUUUAAACUUCCGGUUCCUGUCUACAUUAACUACAGUUAGGAUUUAGAGUUUUUGAAAAAGAUUGUUUCAAACGCUUGGAAAUAAAGAUUUGUCUAAAAAGUAUCAACACACCAGAGACCGAGGCGGGUGAUAGGAUCUUUUCUCUGAAAAUGGGGGGAAAAAAAGGAUGAUUCGGUGUUCAAAAUGUUCCUUGAUGUGUAUUUUCCAGUUCUUACAAUGUUUGUUUACAAUCUCUGGGCAAACCGACGACGCUUAUGAUGGAGAGCGCCUUUCCGGCCUUUGAAUUCGCCGAUUUUAUGUUCAAUGUUUAAAAAAAAGAUGCAUUACUAUUUUAAAUACAAGAUUUUUAAAUGACAAACCGCGAGAGGUCUAUGGGAGUUUCUUGGUUUUUGCACUGUGUGACAGUAAUGGGGUGUGAAUGUUAGGGUUGGUGUCAGGAGGAUAGGUUUACAACGAGCCUCGUGACAACAAUAACGAGUAAAAACCGUUUAACGUUUGAUUUUGUACUAAUUCUCCUCGUUUUUUCUGGUGGGGAGGCAGUCUUUCGACGCUGCAUCAGAAUGGGAGACAGGGAUGGGGGCACUGGUUCAUUAAUUUUCAGGAUACUGACGAGAACGUUAGAUAAAAGUCUAGUGAAAAAUAUAACUAAUUAUAAUAAUAGUAAUAUAAAAAAUUCGUUGUAAACCUAGCCAUUCAAUGAAUAUAUAUUUUAAAGCUUGUAUAAAAUAACUUUUUAGUUUGUUAUUUUUGGGUUGGCGCUAUUAGUAACCGGUAUUCGUUGUUUGCUUGCAUUUUCAUAACAUUGUAAUAACAAUAGUAACAAUACUGUACUUGUGUGCUUUAACAGGAGAACCACUCUAUAGAAAUGAUAAGUAAUUUAGUGUAAAUCUCUCUAUAUACAUAUUUAGUUCUUUCAUAAAUAGACUAUAAACCUAAUUGUUAGCAAAGGUUGAAGCUGUUGCAUUGUAAAAGCCAAUGUUUGUGAACUGUAGAGCUUGUUGAAGUCGGUGAUCGUGCUGCUGCAGUGUUUCGAAGACAAGCCCCGCUCAAUGUGUGCUGUAGUAGUCUUGAGACAGGAAAGCAGUGAACAAGAAAAAAAAAUGUCAAAGAGUCGAAACAGCACUGCGGACUCGCGUCGCCUUGUCUUUUUCAGGCCUUUAUUUUUGCUUUGCUUUUUGAGUUGUAUCCCUUGUUUGUGUUUUUUGUUGGUGUCGUUAAAAGAGAAAUCUGUCGAUAAAAUGCAUGCGAUCCUUUUGAGCUGAGGCCAUCAUGCAGAGGUUCAUUGUGGUUGGGUGCCAGUAAAAAGCAAAAGAGAAAACUACAGGAACUUAAACAGAAUUGGAGGGGUCACCUCAUAUGUUCCGACGGAUAAAUGCCGUAGAAAUGUUUCCAUUGUGACUGUGGAAAAGCUCUCCAGAUUUAUCCACUUAGACCUAUUUAUCCUGCAACCCCUCCGACAGCGCCUCCCAGCAUCCAAAUGAACAGAUCCCAGUUUGACACCAUAUUUUACUGGUCUUUAUCCUAAGAGGAAAGAACAAUCGACACAGCUGUGUUCUUAUUGUGGAACUGACAAAAUGAGAAAAAAAGGCAGGUCUUGCUUGCUUCUGGAGUGUUUUCAAUUAGACUAGUAGUGAAGGCAUACUUGAAAUUGUCAGGUUUUUCCAAUGGUGCCACUGGACACCCUUCUCUCUCCAGCUGAUCUUUCAAGAAUUAUUUAUGGUCAAGUCUCUCAAACUCCAAAUCAUAUUUUAUUAAGGUGGUCGGUCAGGCCAGUAAUGACACACUCCGCACCUCAGGAGUUAAUGUCUCGGGUAGACGUACAACAUCUGAAAUUUAAAGAGAACUAGAAAUCCUGCUCAGCUGUGAAUCUCACUUUUUCCCCUGAUGCUGCCCCAGGUUUUUUCUAAACUCUAUGCCCAGCUCAUCCUGAAAUUCACAAUUCCAAACGUCAGGUCCAGCCCAACUCUACAACAAAACCCUAAGUUCUAAAACUAAUACUAAAUCUAUAUCUGGUGCUAAACCUGAAUCUGGCCCAAAACCUACAUUCUUUAACCAAACCCUAACUCAAACAAGCCAAAAUUAAUUCCAGGAUUUCACUCUUGCCCUAAAACCCACCAUGUUCCUUACCAUAACUGAACUCUGUACACUGAAGCCUUUACUGCCCCUUCUCCAACCUUGUCUAUCCUAAAUGUGGCUUGUUCCAAACUACUAAAAAUAUUUAUUUUCCUUGAUACACCAUGAGGCUUGUAAACAAGUGAACCUGAAAUCCUCUCUUCACUCUCACUCCUCCAAAACAACAGGAUCAGAAAAGAUUUGAAUUCUCAAUGUUGAAAGGUUUUGGAAGCAUAACAUAUACUUAACACGUAUAGAUACUGUAUAUAGACAUACGGUUGUGUUAUGGAUACAGUUUGUGAGGACUGCAGAGGUUGGUACAGGACAUUUUUCAAUAAUUCCAGUGCAUUGCAAUCACUUCUUAUGGAAAUCUCAGAAACACACAAUUCCCAGAAAUUCCCAGAACGCUCUUGAUCACCACCCAAGAAUGAUAUAGGUCGUGAGCCUAGUUACUUUUGCCUAAGUAUAAAAUAGUGUCAUAUUUAAAAGAGCUGGAAAGCAUUGUGAGAGCUGCGUGUUGGUUUUUGAGAAAAUGUAAAAAGAUUACACAAACCAGUCCAAAUGACGUUUUCAGAGUUACGGUGAUGGAAUUGAUGUAAAAAUCCAUUCGGGCCUGCAAACAUUGCUGGAGUGGUGUCUGCGCCUGCUAGCAAAAUCAUAGCUCCUUCAGUAGUGGACCUAAUUCACAACUAUGCCAUAACAGCGUCAUGUCUGACCACUAACUGUGGUCCCAUCAGUAAGUCAGCUCCAUACACUUGUGAACUCGCUGCCUCUCCCACAUCACCUAUUUGACACUUUGUGGUAACAUCCUGUUGCCCAGAUGCAGAAGCAUGCCUGUCCACAGGGAGCUUUUGACACACAGGAAACCUGGAGAUGAGUGUCUCAAAGCUGUGACACUAACCUAGCAUUGCCAGUAGAUUCUAUCAACAGGAUAGGAAUUGUUUUAUCAAAAUACAAAUACCUUAUUAGAAGGUAAAAUUAUAGAGGUUGUGAAGCAGCUCAUUGAGGAAAAGUGUUUUAUUGUCCACACCAGCAGAACUUUAGCGUACGUGGAAAAAAAAAAGUAACCAGGAAGUUGGAAUGAGGCAGAGUCCCAGGAUGUCAUGGGUAGCUGCUGGGCUUGACAUUCAGUCCAGGUUAUCUCAGAUGGAUGUUUGUUUUUGGUUAUACCAGCCCUCAGUGCCUAUCCCCUCCAUUACAUCUACAGCUUAUAUUGGUGCUGCUGAAUGGCAGUCAAAGUUAUAGUGAACAGGCUGACCACUCUCGUUGGAAUUAAUUUACAGUACUGAUUGGCUGAUCAGACUCCCUAGAGUGAAGAGCAUCAUUGCAGUCCUGCUUAUAGUCAGUAAGCUCAAUGGGAUGACUGGCUGCUAAGUACUAGGCACUGAUAUGCUGGUCCUAAUCAGGAUAAAGAGAACCUAAUUCCCCUGUGCUGACAAGAGUGGGAUUUGAAAAUCACCCCUUUUUUGUGCUGAGUAAAAAAAUAAAUAUAGUUGAAGCUCAAGGUUUGUGUAGAUCAUCCCCCUAUAUGCAAACAGCUUGUGAUGCCCAUUUCCCUCCCAAAACAGCUAUGGUCAUUAGUUUAUUAGUUAAUGAACUAUAAUGGUAAAGAGAUUGUAUCCUCGGAGCAUUGCUGUCGGAGGAUGUUGGCAAACUCAGCAGUUUUAAAUUCUCUAAGCUCAAAGCUGUUUGGCAUUCCUUGUACUUAAUCAGCUUAGACACUAAAAAUUGUGUCAUAUUUAAUUCUUAAACCAUGCCUAGUUCUUUCAGGAUCAUGGACGUCUCUCUCAUUGGGAUAUGCACUGUAUGGUGUUGUCAUAGCUGGCCUAGCUAGUAUGUAGUGCUUGUGUGCAUGUGUGUUAUUGUGUGUUUUUGUGUUGUAGUCUGUGCCGCUAUCCUGCCUUCAAAAUGUCUCAGCAAGGCGCUGAUCUUGUGUUGUGAAUUAAUUAGUUAUAGCAGUGAUACUAUUUCCAAUGUGCCCUGUAUUGCACCUCCCAAAUAAAUAAUAAGCAAAAAAUCUAAAAAAAAAAAAAAA